UUUUCUUAAAUCGUUACUGUGCGUAAGGAGAGAAUAUGCGUGAAUCAAAAACAUGUGUGAGAGGGAAAGCGCUGUUUGAAUUACCAAAGACGAUAGCAAAAAAUAGAGUGCCUAUAUAAUAAUCUAGGUCUCUAGCAAAAAAUAUUCUUCUCCGGAUAUUUUUAUAGACUACCUAAUAGGUACCUAAGACUUCACGAAAUACGGAAUACGAAGCAGCCUGCUCAGCCUACACGUGCAACACGUUGUCGCUUGUUUUCUUUGCCGAGCGGUUGGCAAUCUUGAGUAAUAUUGUAUACAAAAUCCUAAUGAUAAAAAGACCGACUCGACUCUACAUUUACUGAUUGUAUCCGCGGUCCGCGACGGUGGUUGACAAGUACAAAAAAAUACAAAUUACAGUUGACUACGUUUGCCUUUACGACCGUUGUUAACUAAGAUUUAUCUCAUACCUACUGACUAAUAUACACGCAUGAGUAUUGACUAUCAAGUAUCAUAACAUAAUUUUGCAUUAGAUAUUUUAUUUUAAAUACUUAUUGGUGUAGUUGAAUCUAUUUUAUUUUGUCAUAAUAACCUACAAACACUGUUUCGAUCUGGCAUUACAAUUUAUUAAUUAAAUUUUAUAUGAUUAAUUGCAAUGGAUUCGAACCUGCUGCAAUGUUACGUAUCAGCAAACCUGAUCGUAUCUAAAGCCAAAUCCACGGAUCCGUCAACCUGGCAAAAUUUGCACACAUUGCUACUACAGCUACAUGAACGUUUAUCCUGUAAGGUAUGCCAUAAACUGAUCGACCGAUUAAAUCCCUAUUUGGAUGGAUACGCAUGUUCAACGUGUGUAAAUCAUCAGAUAACUGAAAAUGCAUCUAGCACAAUAAUACAAUGCUACAAGAAACUAUGUGCUUAUAUUCACAGCACGCCUGUAUACAAAGUAAUGUGCACAAGAGUUGAAGACAAACAGUUAGUUGAAUUACUAAUGGUAGUUAAUAAUCCAUCUCUAUCAAUUAAUGGUUAUAAUGGACUAAGUAAUGGUCUAGUGAAUAAACAAAAAACAGAAGAAGUGGAUAAUGAAGAUAAAACGUUAAUCUCGUCGUCAAAUGUUCAAUUGCCCAUUGAAAACCAAACAUCCAAGAAUAAUAUUAGUUUACAAAUAUUUGAUGAACAGUCCCAAAAUCACAAAAUUCAAGAUCAAACUGAAUUCAACAAUAAUCCUAAAAAAAAGAAAAAUGAACGUCGUUCGGGCUGCCGAUGCGGUAAUACUGUAAAAAAUGCUCCUGUAAAACUAACUUGCAUUGGACAAAGGUGUCGUUGUUAUGCAGUACAAAAGCCUUGUGAAGAAUGCUCCUGUAAAGGGUGUAGAAAUCCUAGACCAAAAAGAUCCAAUAAUGAUGGCAACUUAGAAAUUGAUAAAAUUCGUCGGAAACCAGUAACCUUAGAUUUAAUUUCUUCACUUCAGCCUUCACAUAUUGAAAGCAACCCGGAAUUUAGUUCUUAUACAAUGCAUGAUAUGUUACAGUUGCCUUCACACAGUCAAAAUUAUGAUCAAGGUGAGACUGAAGUCACACUUGGACAUGUGAACUCAAUUUUCCAUUCUCCUUGAAUAACCAUCAUUGAAAAUUAGUGAGUAAGUGAAACUAGUGUUGUAUGCUAUUUGACGAUUAUUAUUUAAUGGUGUUGUAUACUAUAAAUAACAAAUAUGUUACCUACAUCUUAAAUAAUUAUUAUAAUUGACUUUUGGUACUUUAGAUAA